GGUGAAAAAAUCGCUCAACAAUUUCUUCCAUAAGCUAGUUUCUAUUAAAAAUUAGGACGUUUAGUGAGAUGAAAUCCAACGGUGUGAUCGAACCGGAUGUUCCAGAAAAGUUUCCAUAUAACAACAAUAACGAUAUACCAAAAAAAGUGCCAAAGGAUCCUUCGAAAGCAAUAUGGUGUUCCAAAAGAUUACUCGUCGCUAUUGCGGUAUUCAUGUGCUUUGCCAAUUGCACCAUGUUGAUAAAUGUGACCAAUAUCGCUGUCGUCGAGAUGACUUCCAACAAAACAAUCACGAUGGGAGAUGAAACUUUUAUUCGACCAGCUGAAUUUGAAUGGGAUACUGUAACCUUAGGUACUGUUUCUAAUGUCCUCUGGUAUGGAGGAUUAUUCGCUCUAUUUGGAGGAUAUUUUGUGGAUAAAUUCGGAGGAUCUGUGAGCUGUUCGAUGAGUUUGUUAAUUGCUGGAUUCUUGACUAUUUUUCAUCCGGCCAUUUUGUAUCUGGAUUUCAACGCGUUUCUGGUGUGUCGUUUCGUGACUGGAUUUUUUCUGAACGUAUUUUCCAUAAGCACUGCCGAACUAUACUCCAGAUGGUUUCCAAGAAAAGAAAGAUCCACACUAAUUUCGAUUGGUUACAACGGAGUAAAUGCUGGAAUCGCCCUUGCUUUUCCUCUAUUUGGCUUCAUAGCGAAUAAAUGGGGAUGGCAAAUGGUAUUCUAUGUCUCAGGAGUAAUAUCUUUAAUUAUAUCCAUACUUUGUCUAACCGUGGUGAAGAAUCGACCUUCCCAAGAUACUUGGAUUUCCAAGACUGAACUCGCUUACAUACUCGAAGAAACUGGACACGAGUUUCGAGAAGAACGAUCUCAUCCUUACAAACGUAUUCUUUUAUCAACUCCAGUUUUAGCCAUGUGUGUUGGUAAAUUCACGUUGAUGUGGAUAAACACAAUUUUGAGCGCAAGUCUGCCCUUAUAUAUUAAAGAUUUGACAAAUAAAAGUACAGAUGAAGUGGGUAUCAUUUCUUCGCUCCCCACAGUAGCUCAAAUAUUCGCGUUCCCAUUGGCUGGAAUAUUUCUGGACGGAUGGAGAAACAGAAAAGGCAUCGAUCUGACAAGGAUGCAUAAAAUAACCAUUUGUAUCGCCUUCCUCUCAUCCAGCAUUUUAUUCGUGGUGGCUGUUUUCAUAAAUGACUUCACGAUAUCCAUGAUUCUCUUCGUAGUGAUUCAAAUCAUCAUGUCGACAGGUCCAGCGGUACUCGAACCAAUCAUUGUGAACAUAUCUCCCAACGACACCAGCGUUAUAGCAGCAUUGGGUAAAUUUUCCUUCAGUAUGGGAUCGAUUGUUUCAAGAACUUGUAUUGGAUUCAUGACCAUUAAUCAUAGCUCUCAAGAAUGGAACAAUUGUUUUCUUUUGACAUCUGCAGUUUUGAUUUUAAGCACUGUGAUAUUUCUUCGAUUCGCAUCCAGCGAAACCCAGCCAUGGUCUUCAUCGACAAAUUUUGAUCAAGAACGUACUCGUUUGAUUAAGAUUAACUACCGCAGGAGAACAUCUUCAUAGAUCUGUAAUAGUAAUAGGUACCUAUUAAAAAUGAAUUCUAAAAACGUGUAAUAAAUCCUCGUGACUGUCUAUGUA